GUUAAUGAUGACAUCUGUGUUGCCAUUGACAAAGAGCCCUUUAAAAAGGACAUAAUAGCAAUGAGAGAACAUCACAGAGUUUUUGAAGCUGACAUGAUGAAAAGUUCCCUUCAGCAGCUCAGCCUCUGUGGUUUCACCAAAGUACAACGCUAUGCCAAAAUAUCUGACUCACUUGAUAAG